CGCGAUACUACCCGUACGUGAACACACGUCAGACGAGCAGUGUUGGAGGAUCAUGGCGGAGCGCAGGAGGCAUAAGAAACGGAUCCAGGAGGUGAGCGAGCCCACCAAGGAGGAGAAGGCAGUGGCCAAGUUCCUCCGUUUCAACUGCCCCACCAAAUCCACUAACAUGAUGGGCCAUCGGGUGGACUACUUCAUUGCCUCCAAGGCAGUAGACUCUCUGCUGGACUCCAAGUGGGCCAAGGCCAAGAAGGGAGAAGAGGCUGUGUUCACCACCAGAGACUCUGUGGUGGACUACUGCAAUAGGCUGCUGAAGAAACAGUUCUUCCACCGCGCUCUGAAAGUCAUGAAGAAGAAGCCGGAGAAGGACAUCAAGAAAGAUAAGGAGAAAGAGAAAGAGAAAGAAAAAGAGAAGGCUAAGGGCGACAGCGGCAAGGAGGAGGAGAAGAAGGGGAAGAAGGAGAAGAAGGAUGCCAAGGAUGCCGAGGCUUCAGAUGCAAAGAAGGAGAAGAGUGAUGAUAGCCCCGGAAUGCCAAAGAAGAAGAAAGAUGCGAAGAAGAAGUUCAAACUGGAGCCUCAUGAGGACCAGCUCUUCCUGGAUGGGAAUGAGGUGUUUGUUUGGAUCUAUGAUCCGGUCCAUUUUAAAACCUUUGCCAUGGGACUGAUUCUGGUAAUUGCAGUGAUUGCGGCCACUCUUUUCCCACUGUGGCCGGCUGAGAUGCGUGUGGGUGUGUACUACCUGAGCGUGGCAGCAGGCUGUUUCGUGGCAAGUAUACUGCUGUUAGCUGUUGCUCGCUGCAUCCUGUUCCUGAUCAUCUGGCUGGUGACGGGCGGUCGCCACCACUUCUGGUUCCUGCCCAACCUGACUGCCGACGUGGGCUUCAUCGACUCCUUCCGCCCGCUCUACACGCACGAUUACAAGGGCCCACGGGGCUACAGCAAGAAGAGCCCGGACAAGACGGAAGGCAAAUCCACCGAUGCAGACGCAGCCAAGGCCCAGAAGUCGGACAGCGAGGAGAAGGGUGAUGGUGGGGAGGAAGAGGAGGAAGGAGAGGUGGAAAUAGAAGAGGGUGAGGGCACAGCGCCGAAAGGGACGGAAGAAAACGAGGUGACUGAGGCGGCUGGGACGUUGACGAGCGCCGCCGAGCGCCACUCAGACACGGACAGCGACCGCCGGGAGGACGAGGGCUCGCAGCACAGCAACGGAAACGACUUUGAGAUGAUCACCCGUGAAGAGCUGGAGCAGCACACGGAAGGAGCGGGGGAAAGAGGAGUGGAGGAGAAGGGAGACGGUGAGGCAAAGCCCUUGUCUGUUCAAACAUAAACAUUAUCACUACCACCACCUCCUUCUCCUCCUCUGAAGGAUCUCCUCCAGGUCCUCUCUCAACCUCGCUGAGGAGACACCUCCCCAUCUUGUCUGCUCCGAUCUUCCACUAACUAUACUGUACCACGUCUGUCUUGGUAUUGACACCGGUGAAACGAAGCAAACGGCUAUGACAAUGGAAAAGAGAAGAGAAGAAAAAAAACGCCUUAUUGUGGUUCUGAAAUUAUUUCAACUGAGAAAUGCAAACUAACUUAACAGAUGUGCUUGUCUGAGGAAGUUGUCUCGAUUGUUCUCCCGAUGUUUUCCCAAUUUUUUGGUACUUACGUUAUGACUUUAUCCCAUAUCAUCCUAGUUCAGAAAGACUCAUCUGCUCUACAUGUUAUGUGUACAAUGGUCCCUUGUAUGUCUUGUUUUUGUACGUGAGGCAAAGUUUUUAGUCAAUCUCCACAGAUGAGGGAAUUCUAGAACAAUGGAAUCCUUGUUUUGCCAGGAUAAAUACUGCCAUCUUCUCUACCUGUCCCUCAAAUCCUGACUGUGGUCUUAUGAAAGAUGUGUGAUUGGUACAAUCAAAGUAAAGUUAAGCUCAGUGUUGUGUCCAGUAGGCACGUUUUCCCUACUCAAACCAAACCUUUCCUUUGGACCAUUGUCACACAACUGGGCCAAGUGUCCUGUACUAGCAGUGGCAGCUGGCCCUCUACACGGUUCAGCUCUUGUAUUUGGACUAAAGCCAGAAUCUGAUCUCUCGUAGGCAGCCAUCAAGUUACAAUUGACCAACCGCUGGCUGCGCCAAUAUAACUAAUCUGGAGGGACCAGAAUCUGUAGUUUCUCCCCCAGCCUUGUUUUUUUUUUUUUUUUUGCAGUGCUUUCUGUUUUCAAUGAGAAAUGCUUGUUUGUAUGGUUGAUCAUGAUCAUCGUGCAGUUCUGCACACACAUAAAAUCUGAGUUUCGCAAGAGUCAUGUCCAUUACAUAAGAGUAGUGUCCAUGAGCAGUGGCACUAAUUUUAAGUGUAAAACUGAUCAUCUAAAAUAUUCCUUACUAGAAUGACUUUAUUUGAGGCCACACAUGUGCAGGCAGCAAAGAUAGAAUGGAAAAAGGGUUUGAGGUUUGUAUGCACCAUUUUAGAAUGAGGCGUCAAAAUGAAAUAGUGCCAAACACGUAAAUUGUUGUUGCAAUGCAUGCUGUUUUCAUACGAGAAGACAUGUCAAAAGUGUCAGCAAGGGAUUUUGGUACAAUUAUUCAUUUUUUUUUAACUAGUGUCAAAUUCCAAACCUUUUGAAUACAGAGCAGUAUAGGAGCCAGGGCAUUGGUUUGUAGACUUCGAUCCCAUUCUCCCUUCAGUUCUAUUUAAGCCAUGCAAAGCAGACAGUGUACUUAAUACUAUUAUAACAAACUAUCGUAUAAUGAAGAUGGUAGGCUUGUUGUCAGUUCAACUCGGAUGCCCAUCCUUUCAUGAUUGCGUUUGUUGUGUUGCCUUCAUUGGUAUUCUAGUCAAGCUAACAGACGACGAUGAAGACCCCUGUGAAUGCAUGGAGACUCCAUUUGAAACCAAAUGGGGUCGUGGUCUAAUUCUCCUCAAUUGUUGCGAUAUGUGGGCUGUGGUCCAAGACUGUCCAUUCGUAAGGUCACAUUUUUUACUCAUAGUGAGGAUAAAAUAGAUAAAUGUAUCAUUUAUAUAAUGAUAUCUAUUGAUAUAUCAAGUGUGUGUGUGUAUAUAUAUAUAUAUAUAUAUAUAUAUAUAUGUUUAUAUAAAUAUAUAUAUACACACACACAAACUUAGUCUGAGAAAUUAUGAACCUACUUUGUUCAACCUGAACAGAAACAUUUUUGUUUAGGUUUUUGGUAUCAAGACUUAUUUUCAUAAUUUAUUUGUAUUUUUAUUAAACUUUUUUUGCUAUAAUUUUGACCUCCAAUAGGUAUAUUGUCAAGAGUGUACUGUACUCAUUAUUGGGUACCUUCAAACACUAGAAAUGUGGAUUAUGUUAUGUGUGGAUCAGAUUUUGUUUUAUUUUAUAUUGAUCGAUUUUACACUGUCAUUUCUUUGAAUGUGUGAAGAGUAAUGUAGCUAGUUUGUCCAUUUGGCUACUUACUUUAAGUCACGUAAGAAUAGUGAAUGAUUAACUAGUGGUUGAGAAACUCAUUGGCAGUGGCUUGCAUAACAUUUAUAUUGCUCUUCCACACAAAAUGUUCUGGGUGGAAUGUUCUCCCCACAGUGGAAUGGUAGAGCAGAACGUGUGAGAGCAAGGGGGGGGGAGAGUCACUUGAGGGCUUUGAUACCACGCACCCUACACAGAUCGACCCAAUGUAGUCGACUGAGGAGUAUCUUCGAGACGCUCAUAUCACACUAUUUUGUAGUGCCGGCUUGUUCCUGGAACUAUGCUGGAUGUGUAAUCAGACAGGCGGUGCAUCUCUGUUCAGGCUCACUAGUGUGAAAAGGGGUACAAGUACUCAGUCUUGCUUUCCUCUUCGAAGAGCAUGUUAACCUCCGAUUUUUAGGCCUCCAGCUGGUUUCUUCAUCAACGUGUUUCCCUGAACUCUUCUCAACAGCGUGUAGCUCUUCUACAGGACACGUAUACUACUAACAACUGCACAUCGUGUAGCUUUUUUUUGUCUUUUUCUAAGUAUGUUUGUUUUAAUUGCUUUUCUGUUUCCUGAUGUCUUCUGGAAAGCGAGGUGCCAGUAGCUGUAUUAUGAAUUUGGGCUUUUUCAUGAAAAUCUCUAAUUGUUCUUUUGAGUGUUCUUCGUGCACAGUCUGUUGUAUAUUGUAGUAUUAAACUAUGCUGCUUUUCCCCUCAUCAAAAUACAUGUUCUAUCUGGUCAAAAUGUCUUUAGUCAUGUAGUUGUCCAUAUUUGGAUCAAUAUCAGAGAGACUGUCUCUUGCAAUAUUGGAAUAUAAUUUAAUUGUAUAUCUGUAUCUUAUCAUUGCAAUAAAUAUAGAACGCAAUUGA